GUUCGUUUUCCUCUUCUUCUUCACUACCACAUUCCAUUUUGACUAUCAAACAAUAUAGCAUAUGUAUGAGUUUUAACAAAGAAUGGACGCUUUCCUGUUUAACGCCUUCGGAAUUAGUUCCGAACCACUUGGCCAACUCAGUAGAAAGGACAUCGAAAAGAAUUUGGGUUUGGAAGAAGACAAAAUUUUUGCUGACUCGAACAAGAUCUAUCAACCUGAUUCAUCUUUGUCUAAAAACUCCGGAGUGAGAUUCGAAUCACAGCAAUCAGCUUCCCAACUCAGCGAAAAGGUUUUGUGUUCGGAAAAAGCCAAAGUCUCUACCGAAUCUUACAAAAUGAACCAAUAUGAUUAUUCAUUGUAUGAUGACAUCUUCGGAAUGAGUUUAGCAUCUCAGCAAUCAAUACCCCAACUAAGCAAUGAGGAAAUGGAAAUGAUUUGUUGUCUGGAAGAAGCCAAAACCUCUGUUGAUUCGAACAAGAUCAAUCAACCUGCUUCUUCUUUGACUAACACUUUCGGGAAGAAUCUCGGAUCACAGCAAUCAACUCCUCAUCUCAGCGAUGAGGAAUUCGAAAGGAUUUUGUGUGUGGAGAAAGCCAAAAUUUUUGCCGAAUCGAACAAAAAACAAUCUGAUUAUUCAUUUUCUGACAUCUUAGGAAAAACUUCAGAACCUCAGCCAUCACCACAACAACACAGCAAUGAGGAAUUGGAAAUGAUUGUGCGUCUGGCAGAAGCUAAAAUCUUCGCUGACUCGAACAAGAUCUGUCAGCCUGAUUCUUCCUUGUCUUACAACUCCGAAAUGGGAUUCGAAUCACAGGAACUCAGCGAAAAGGUUUUGUGUUCGGAAAAAGCCUCUGCCCAAACGAAUAAAAUCGAUGAGGAAUUCGAAAGAAUUUUGUGUGUGGAGAAAGCCGAAGUAUCUGCCGAAGGGAACAGAAUGAAUCAAUCUGAUUAUUCAUUGUUUGACAUCUUCGGAAUAACUUCAGAACUUCAGCCAUCACCACAACAACUCAGCAAUGAGGAAUUGGAAAUGAUUUUGCGUCUGGAAGAAACCAAAAGCUUUGCUGAAUCGAACAAUAUCAAUCAACCUGAUUUUUCCUUGUCUAAUAAACACGGAGUGAGUUUCGAAUCAGAGCAAUCAUUUUCCCAACACUGCGAAAAGGUUUUGUGUUCGGAAAAAGCCAAAGUCUCUUCCGCAUCGAACAACUUCGACAACUUCGGAAUGAUUCAUGGUCAACUCACUGAUGUCGAAUUUGAAAGGAUUUUGGGAUUGGGUGAAUCAAAUGUCUCUGCCGAAUCGGCCACGCUGAUAAAUCGAUCUCAUUCCGACCAAUAUAUGACGGAUUGGAAUUCGCUUUUUGAGCAGGAGCCAAUAAAAAUAGAUGAUAUGUUUAAUGGACAUAGUUCCCAUCAAGCACCGGACACUCAACUCCAAAAUUCGAUUAUUUCACCAGAUUCGGGCAUCUGUGAUGAAGGAUUAGCGGAAUCCGAUUCAUCUUCAUCAAUUCCACCUACCUAUUCCCAAAUUUUCGAAGUGAAAGAUCAAUGUUUACAACAGAAGGAAUGUUACCGAACAUCGGUACCCAAGUCCACACCCUACGUCUUCAAAACGAAUUCGGGUUUAUGGAAAAAUCGCAAUUACGAAAUAGUUGAAAGUGUGAGGCCAACAAGUAUGAUACCAAAAAGUGACGUUAUCAAGCCAAAAGUGAGAAUAAGAGAAGGUGUCCGGAAACUGCAAAAACAGAAGGUAUUCAAGUGUUCCAAAUGCGAAUUCUCUUCAUACUUCAGGGAUAUUCUGGACCAGCAUAUCCACAGAACACAUUUACAACCAAAUCAAGAAUGCAAGCAGAUACAAUCGAAUGAACGUGUUAAUUUUACUAUCAACGGAAAAGAAAAAGCACCCCAUUCAUCUGUUGCUAAUAGGGCGUCUAUGUAA